GACCCACUUAAAAGGGCAGUUUCGUAAACUCGUCUAUUUUCAAAUUUAAAUCACACCCCACAAUAUAUAGAAAUGCCGCCCGUUGCCCAGGCCCUACCCCCAUUCUUUUUUUUCAAAUCGGACAACAAAACAAAAAACAACAAGAAGAAGAAGGAUUUCCGAGUAAGAAUUCAGAGUUUUUUUUUUUUUGCAGCGCAGCGCAAAAAUGGAGAAGAUCUGCGUAGCAGUGAGGGUGAGGCCAUCUGCGAACGAAGAAUCUGAUAAUGGCUUUCAAUGGAAAGUCGAAAGCAACCGUAUUUCUCUCCACAGAUCUCACGGCACCCCCAUUUCUGGAGUUUCCUUUGCUUUCGAUCAUGUUUUUGAUCAGGAAUCCACUAAUGCUAGGGUUUAUGAGCUUCUGACAAAGGACAUUAUACAUGCUGCAGUACAGGGAUUUAAUGGAACUGCAUUUGCAUAUGGGCAGACUAGUAGCGGGAAAACUUUUACCAUGAAUGGAUCGGAAACUGAUCCAGGAGUUAUCCAUAGAGCUGUCAAAGACAUUUUCGCUAAUAUUCAGAAGAUAUCAGAUAGGGAGUUUCUAAUUCGCGUUUCCUACAUGGAAAUUUACAAUGAAGACAUUAAUGAUCUUUUUUCUGUGGAGAAUCAAAAACUUCAAAUUCACGAGAGCUUGGAGCGCGGAGUAUUUGUUGCAGGGCUGAGGGAGGAAAUCGUUAACAGUGCUGACCAAGUGCUUAAUCUUAUUCAACUUGGAGAAGCUAAUAGGCAUUUUGGGGAGACGAACAUGAAUGCUCGUAGUAGUAGAUCACACACUAUAUUUAGGAUGGUAAUCGAAAGCAAAGCAAAGGAUAACAAAUCCAAUUAUAUUUCAAGUCCGGAUGAUGCUAUUCGUGUCUCUGUCCUGAAUUUAGUUGACUUAGCUGGGUCUGAAAGAGUAGCUAAAACUGGAGCUGGGGGAGUUCGUUUGAAGGAAGGAAAGCACAUUAACAAGAGCUUAAUGAUUCUUGGCAAUGUCAUCAACAAACUGAGUGAGGGUGGAAAGCAAAGGGGUCACAUUCCUUAUCGUGACAGUAAGCUCACUCGCAUUCUUCAACCUGCACUCGGUGGAAAUGCGAAAACUUCAAUAAUUUGCACAGUGGCACCAGAGGAGAUUCACAUAGAGGAAACAAAAGGGACACUCCAGUUUGCUAGCAGAGCAAAGAGGAUUACCAACUGCGUCCAAGUGAAUGAGAUAUUGACUGAUGGUGCCUUAUUGAAGAGACAAAAACAAGAAAUAGAGGACCUACGGAGGAAACUUCAGGGUUCUCAUGCGGAAGUGUUGGAGCAAGAAAUCUUGAAACUGAGGAAUGACAUGCUGAAGUACGAACUGGAGCGUGAGAAGCUGGCCACGGAACUAGAAGAGGAGAGGAGAUCACAAAAAGAGCGUGAACAGUGCAUUAAGGAGCAGCAAAUGAAAAUUGACAACCUUAGCAAUCUGGUCCCUUUGUCAGACUCUGAAAGAAGCUCGUCACAUGAUAAUGUCAGAGAAGCCCUUCUGGAUGGAAGUGCGAAUGCCAACAGUAACAACACGUGCAGAGAAGAUGCUUUUAGUACCCCGUGUUUUAAAGCAGCUCCGAAUGUAUUUGUUGCGAGGCGGUCACAAUACAUAGCACAACCAUCAUGCAGCCCACUUCCAGAUAUGUUUGGUGAUUUUGCUGAUGAGGAUGCAUGGAUGAAAAUGAACAAAGGUUUCAUAGCUGACCUUGAUUCACUUCAUAUGACUCCUUCAAGGAAAGUCCAAUCGUUUCCCAUUAGUGAGGACUGCUCAACGGAGAAUCACAGCCAAGAGAUACAGAACCUCCAGAGACAGCUAAAACUUGUAACUGAGGAAAGAGAUGAAUUCAAGAGGAAGUAUGCCGAACAAGUGUCGUUCACUAACCAGUUAGCAGUAGAGAUAUCCGAACUCCAAGAAGAGAUACAGCUAUUUCAAGAAUUUCCCCGAAAUCUGCACGAAACCGUUACGAAUUGCAAGGACAUUUACAAGGACGUUUUCUCUGUUUUAGAGAAUUUUGUAGCCGAUGAAAAAUCUGCUGCAGCUCAAAUACUCUCUGCUACAAGUGAACUUGGAAACUGCCUCUUCUCAAGUUUAGAAUCUCAUUUAACAAUGGCUUUGGAUGGAAAGAGAACUUCCCCGAUAAUUGAUUACUCUAUUCGAGACCAAUGUAAAAUGCUCCAUCAGAAGCUGAGUGGUGCAAUCUCUUCCUUGGUGUUAUCGGAUGCAUCAUCAGCUAUAAAGGAUGAUAAUACGGAUAAUUCUGUUCAAAGCAGCAAUUUUAAGGGCACGCUGGGAGGACAAAUUGCUUGUUGGAAGCACUCACUGGAAAAUGAAGUCAAAAUAAUCAAAGAAAAGUACGACGACAUGGAAAAAGAGUUACAAGUUAGCAAUCAGCUUCGUAAAGUUUCCGAUGGAAAAUAUAAUAGCUUGGAACGGGAGUUCCAUCUUCUCAAAGAAGAUAGAGAUGCAGUGCUUCAAAGAAUCUCUACUUCAUCUCAGAAAAUAGCACAAAUCACCGGACAAAAGGAGAACGCUUUAAAGGAUCUCAAUAUCGAAGUGAAGAGGAGGAAAAAGCUCGAAGAAGAGAUCAAGCAGUUUAGCGUCGCGUUUGCAUGUCGACAAAGGUCAAUAACGUCUUUUCACAGCGAGUUCAAAUCUAUGCUCAACAUCAUGAAGGCGCAGAGUCCGAAUACAUUAUCCAAAUCUCGUGGAUCGUGAAAGAAAAUAGCUGCUUCGAAAGCUGUUUUUUUUUUUUCGCUUUAAUUUUAUUGGAUUGGUUGCUUAACCAAUUUCUUACUGUAGCCCAUUGUUAUGAAGGUGGUAAAAAAUAGUUAAUUUUUAUUUUUAUAUAUUAAUUAAUUAAAUGAACAAAAGUCAACAAGAGGUAAAAGAAAAAUUACCACAACAAAAAGAAAACAAAUAUGAUAUUUUGUAAGGCUUAAUAAUAAAACAACCGGAGAAACUGUCUUGUUACAGUUUCUGUCUGUUUCCUA